AUGCACGAUCAUUUAAUAGAUUUGGGAAGAGAAAUUGCAGAAAAUCAGUCCCCCUACCGUCUUUGGUCUCCCCAACAGAUUAUGAAUGUUGAUAAUGAAGUACAGGGAAUUGCUAUUCGAGGAAUAACGACCAUAGCAGCUAGAUCCACAAGCGAGAUUGAGGAGUUUCCUCAAUGUUCACCGGGUGGAAAGCUCAUAGUUAACACAAACAGAGGACCUUAUAGGCUGGAACCCUCCUCGCUUAGAUUAAAAUUUUUUCAUGUUACAGGAAAUUGUUACAAACAAGUAAUUGGUGAGCUAUCAAGAGAGUUGGUAUGGCUUCGCUGGAAUGGCAUUGAGCAAAGAAAUCUUCAGUCAUUGAGUUCACUGAAAAAUUUGAGGAUCUUAGAACUCUAUGGAAAUGGGUAUCAUGGAGGACAUUGCUUAAAAGAACUGUGGACUGAGAACAAUGCUCCUAUGCAGUUAAGAGAGCUGACUAUUCAGGGUUGCUCAGAAUUCCAAAGAUUCCCAAAGUCAAUAGGUUGUCUCAGGCAUUUGAAAAAGAUAGUUGUAAGUUAUGGAAGCAAGCUGAAGAAUUUGCCAGAAGAGUUUUGUCUUCUGCAAUCAUUGGAGCAACUGGAGUUAAAUGGCCCAGAGCUGUCAUCACUACCCAAAAGUUUUGGCGAUUUGAGAAACCUGAGGCAUCUUGAUUUGCAUAAUUGUAGUAAAUUGAAAAGGUUGCCCAUCUCUUUUAAGGAGCUCACACUUCUGCAACACAUCUCCUUAGAUGGAUGUUUUAACCUCGCCUUAGAAUCAAACAUUCUGGAAAACAUGACAAAGUUAGAGUGUUUGAAGAUCCAAGGUUGCGACCAAUUAGAAGAGUUACCUCGUCACAUCACAAAUCAGGCCUCCUUGACAGAGCUCUCCUGUAGUAUAAAGAGCUUAAGGGAAGUUCCAGUGAAUAUCGGUCAACUGAGCAAGUUGCAAACGAUAUCGAUUGGAGCGUUGGAGGAGCUGAGAGCACACACGAGGUGGGAGGAGGCAGGUAUAGAAAGUUUGGAGUACGUGGAAAGAUUGAGAAGAGUGGAACUCCAAGCAUUCGGUAGAUCAGGUGUUGAAGGUUGCAUUCAAAACAUUCAGAAAUGGCCAAAAGAAAUAACAGUAUGCACGCGGGCGGUCCCUGACGCUUCGGCACUUUCUCCAAAAAAUUCAUUGCGGUUGGCAUGCACCACAGAAAAUACGGAGCGUAAAAUAUACAUUUCGAGCUAUGAUUGGAUGGAGUUGGAGAAGGGUAAAUGGGUAUGGGCAGCGCUCUUCACACAAUAUUCUUUGUUCCACAAUAUCAUUUCACGAGACGCAGGAUCACGGGUACCGCUUGUGAAGGCAGGAAAAGUGGAGGAAGGAGAAGUGGAGCGCGGACUGCUUGUGAUGGGUGAAGAAGAGAGAGUUAAAGAGGCUUUUACGCGCUUGUUGGCGUCACUAUCCAAUUGA